UAUGACAACAAUACAGUAUUAAAUUUACUAUUUUUUAUAAACAGUAAACCUAGGCUUAACUCAUUAUACUUGUAGAUUAUACGCUAAAUAUAUUCGAUUUAUUCUUUUGAUAAUUUUAAUUUAUUAUAUUAAACUUAGAGUUAUAAAUUAUACCUAUUAUAUUUUAUUUAUAUAGUUCAAUUAAUUAGUAUAUAUUAUUAUUAUUAUUAUUAUUAUUAUUAUUAUUAUUUUUCUUAUUUCUUAUUGAGUAUUUUAUUAAAUAAAUUAUAAAUUUGUUGAAAUACAGUAUUACUCAUACUUAAUUGAAUAUUUUAUUAAAUUAUUUUAUUCUGAUUGUAAAAGAAAAAUUGUUUUUAACAUGGCUUCAGCAGAUCCAAUGGGUCUUACCAAAACUUGGGAACUUUCACUAUACGAAUUGCAUAGAUCUCCUCAAGAAGCUAUUACAGACAACACCGAAAUUGCUGUAUCCCCUCGUAGUCUACAUAGUGAACUAAUGUGUCCAAUAUGUUUGGAUAUGUUGAAAAAAACUAUGACUACCAAAGAAUGUCUACAUAGAUUCUGUUCAGACUGUAUUGUGACUGCUCUUCGUUCAGGUAAUAAAGAAUGUCCUACUUGUCGUAAGAAACUAGUAUCUAAACGGUCCCUACGUCCUGAUCCAAAUUUUGAUCUUCUCAUAUCUAAGAUUUAUCCUAGCCGUGAUGAAUACGAAGCACAUCAAACUAGAGUAUUGGAAAAGUUAAAUAAGAGCCAUAGUCAGGCCAAUUUAGUUCAGUCAAUAAAUGAAGGUAUCAAAUUACAAACUCAAAAUCGACUACAACGAACCAAAAAAAACCAACAUGAAGAACUAAAUGAAAGCAGCUCAUCAACUACUUCAAAACCUUCAAAUAGUUCAAGUCGAGAUAAUGUAACUAGAACAAUGGUACAAACAAAAGUGGCAAAGAAGAUGAAGUCUGUUAUGAUCUCAGAAAAAGAAGGACCUGCAUCAACUGUUGACACUUCAGAUAUAACAGAAUGCGAUGGUACAUCAAAAGGUGUGUCAGUAGAUGAAAUAGAACUAGUGUUUAAACCUCAUCCUACAGAAAUGGCCAGUGACAAUCAAUUGAUCAGAGUUUUGAAAGAAAACUCUGUACGUUAUAUAAAAACAACAGCUAAUGCAACUGUUGAUCAUUUGAGUAAAUAUUUAGCUAUGCGAUUGACGUUAGACCUUGGUUCAGAGCUUCCAGAACGAGCUCUUAAUUUUUUGAUCUAUGUUGCACCCACUGCAGAUCAAUUUGUUCCUCUCAGUGGCAAUCAAACACUUCGAAAUGUACACGAUAAGUUUUGGAAAGUUAACAAGCCACUGGAAAUGUUUUAUUCUUUUACAUAAAUUAUUUAUUUCUUACAAUCAGCUAUAAUUAUAUUAUAAUAUAUUUUUAUUUGUUUACAAAUAUCAAUAAAAAUAAAAGUUUAUAAUAUCUUACAUUAUGGAAUUUACUUUGUAUUUACCUCACUCUUUUCAAUAUUUUCGAUAAUUUUAGUGAUGUAGUUUUAAAAAAUAAUAAUUUAUUAUAUAAUUUUAUAUCAUAAAUGUAUACUUUGAUUGUUUUUUUAUUGUUUGUAUACCUUGGUAAUUAUAAUUUUUUUUUUUUUCAAAUACAUAUUAACAUUUAAUUUUAAUUUAUAGAAAUUAUUUGUAUUAUUAUUACUUACUUUAUUUGUAUUAAAGUAUAACUAAUAAUUGAGAAAUAGUAAAAGAUGUGUUUAAUUAAUUAUUAAGAAAAAAGUACAAUCAUCAGUACAGUAAUCGACAAUAUUGUAUAACUUAUAUAGUAAUAUUUUAUUUUUAAUUGUUUUAAAAUCAAACUGAUUUUACAUAAAUACGUGUCAUGUAAAUGUAUAUUUCAUUAAAUUAAUAAGCUAUAGAUUUAGUAAAAACAUUGUUGAUGCAUUUUAAAUUUUGUGGUCGACACUUUUUUAAAUUUAAUGUAUUCAAAUUAAUUGUAUGUCACACAUUUCAUCAAUGUAGGUAUUGAAGCGCAAGUGCGUAUUUCGACGCCUCAGUUCAAAACUGCAACAACUUCAGAUAUAACAAAUCUGAGUUAUAGACUUAUAGACCAUCUUAUAACUAUUUCAGUUCAAGAACCCAAUAAAAUAUAGUUAAAUUAUUGACCACGAGAGAGCAUUUUCAAUAUUAUAAUUUACAUUACAUUAUAUAGAGAAACAAUAUAGAAAACAUAUUAUACCCAAUAAACCAAUUUUUUCAGUUGUUACAGUUAUGAACUGAGCCGUCGAUUUGAUGAAGGGACAAUAUGAUGGAUAGUGGAUAUUCCUUGGACCAAAUUCAUUGCACCAUCAAUAUUAUAUAGUAGUACUGUAGUAGCCUAUAAAUGAUUGGUUAUGCUAUCAUUAGAUUAAAAAUAAGAAAUUUUAAUUUUUAACUUUUUAAAAUGUAAUACUUAUAGGUGUUAAAGAUAAACUGUAAAUUAUUCACUUAAAAAAUUGAAAUUUAUAUUAUUUAAUUAUUAUAUUUACUUUAUCAUUUAUAUUAUUCCACAAUAAUCAGAUAAACGUAUAGUUUUGAGAAAUAAUAUUUUAAUUUGUUGUGUUUUGAAAUUUUUCAUCUUAUUAAAUUAUAAAUAUCGGGUCUUAUUAAUGAGUCUAUGUUCUUUAUUAUAAUGAACAUAUAAGUAGUUAUAACUUAUCAGAGACCAUGGAAAAUUCAAAAUUUAAUGUAUAUAACUAGAUACUGCUGUAUAUUUAAAGUAUAUUUUAUAAUAUAUUUAUAUUGCAAUUAUAAUAAUUUAUAUUACUAUUAGUAAUGAGGUGGGUA